AUGCUUGCCUUUGGUUCUGCAUCAGCCGGAGCUUUGGAGGCAGUGCCAGUUGUCGGCAACGCACAGUUUGGCAGCGCUGCAUUUUUGCAGUCCCUCAGUUGCCUGGGCAGCCCACCAAGCUCCUUCAUGCACAUGCAUCUUGAUAUGUCCCUCUCACUGCGCAGAUCGUCACAAGCUGGCAUGUUACUGCCAUUUCUUUCGUGCAAGCUAGGAUUAUUGUUGCUGUGUUUUGAUGCGGGCGUGGAUUUCACGGCGUUUCUGCAAAGGUUGACGCAUGCAGGCGCCAUCUCAGUUGUUUGCAGCCUGGGCACUUUUGGCUUGCCUGUGUCGGCACGGUCCCCCAGCCAGUCUGGAUCAGCUUAUUCUGCUCUGGGUUGUCAUGCUGCGUCACUUUCAGCAGCUGGCUUCCACUCUCCAGACACGUCCUUGACAACAAAGGGUUUUGCAUGCUUGUCAUGUUCACUAGCGGCUGCUGGAUUGCACCUGAGCCCCUCCUUGGUCUCAAGAGGCUUUUCUUGCGUGGAUGUGCUACCGCCCACCUUGAACUUUGCUCGCCUUGGCCUGCCAUCGCUGUGCCUCGCCUCCGCCCAUUCAGGUAGCACAGCCCUGCUUCAGAGCACAUCCAGGCCUGGCAGCCCGACUCCUGCGUUGAGAGGUGUCAUUCCAGUUUCUUUGCCACCCCUGCACUGUGUGACAUGGCUAGCAUCCCCUGUGUCCACAUCAAGCAUUGGUCACCUCGGCAUGCCGUUGGCCCUCCAAGCACGUGCUCAAGUCGGAGCUCCACUGCUUGCUGUUGGAAUGCUGAGGCCUGGCCUGGUCUUCUUGUUGUUGGCUUGUGGUGCCUCAUGGCUUGAUGCCCCAAUGUUAAUGCACAACUUUUGCUGCCCAGAGCCAGCCUUGCCACUGGGAACUUUGGGACAGAUCGGUUUUUCUGCAACGCUGCAGGCCUUGUCACAACCUGAAAUGUUUCCUCCUGCCCCGGCUGGUGCUCGCACAGGCUUGCUGUUGUUGGUGGUCCCUCUCGUUGGUACACCUUCAACGCCUCACACCUUUCAGCGCAUUGGAAGCAGCCUGGUUUCAAAGGCAGCUGGGCGAUUGGAAAGGUUUCCAUCUUUAGUCUGUCUUGGGGCCCUGGGAGUGUUGUUGCUGUUGAAGAGUAUUGUCCGUGCUGGCGCAACCUUGCUUGCUUGCAACGCAUGCUCAAGCUGCCUGUCUUCUCUGCUGGCCGUGGAUUUCCAAAGGGUGGUUGUGUCGCUGCCUGUGCGAGCGUUGUCUUGUUUAGACAGCGCGUUGUCCUUUGUUGCUGCAUGUCACCUUGGCUUGUCUCUGCUGUCACGCGGCAUGGCCACAGGGUCUUUGCUGCCGCUGCUUGGCAUUUCUUGUGUGGCAAGCUCAAAUGUGUUCGACAGAACCUCUGUGAGCAGCUUUGUCCGUCCAGGUGCGCUUCCUCCAUUACAGAGCCUUGGUCAGCCAGGAUUGCAGCCAGUUGCAGCCACAACGUCCAGGACGGGUACAUUGCCUUCAGCCCAGAGCCUUGCCAAAGGUUCUUUGCUUUUGCCAUUUGGUGAGUUGUGCCUGGGAUCUUCCAUGUUAGCGACGGUGGGAAUGUUGCUCGGAAGCAUUACGCUGCUACAAGAAACCGCACGCAGCGGCCUGGCGCCAUUAGUGUUGCACGCAUCUUUGGACAGCUCCCUGUCACUGCAACGGCCAUCUAUGGCAGAUCUAUCAGCGUCUUCUCGGGGCAUGAUGGGUUUGGGGUCGUUGUUGCUUGCUUCUGAUAGCUUUGAUUUGGAUUUUGCAUUGCUAGCUCAGAACUCUGGCUGGAUGGGAGCGUUUGUUUCAACAGUGAGCUUUGUGGUCUUGGAUUUUGUGCUGUUUGUUCGAGCCAUUGGGACACCUGGCAACGAGGAAGUUACGAUCUCCGGGCACUGCAUGCAAGCCAUACCUGUGGUCCGCCAUGCAGCAUUGGAACUACCCGUGCCCCUACACAAUUUCAUUCGCGUAGACCUUACCCUUCUUGCCAACGGCUUCGCUGGUUCUGAGCUAGCCCUGUUGACUCAGAGCUGUGCCUGA